CCGAUAUGGACACUUCGAAUUUUCUAUCGAGUGGGAUCCCAGCUAGCCGAAAGUCUGCUUUUGGUCCCGCUAAUGAGGAUUUUCUUACUCCUAGCAUCUGAUCCUUCAUGCUCUUCGUGGAUAAGUACAAUGUAGAGGUAGGAUCGUACCCCUCUCUCACGACGUUGUGUGACGAUCGCACCAAAAAUCUCCUCUCUUCAACCUUUCGUCUUCAUCUGUACUCCAGUAUUUGGGGUUCUAUUCUCCUCAAGUAACUAUCUCCAUUACACACCCCUAGAGACUUCAUCAACUUGAAACCUUCGUUCACUUACUUGGGCGUUCCUUGCUUCCACCAAACUUCAUCUGUUUUGAUCGAUGACAAAAGCCUGAUCUCAGUCUGUGACCAGAUCGAUUCAAGUAUUAAUAUCGGGCCGAGGCUUACAAAUAUUAAAGUAUUGGACUCAAUUUACCUGAGCUCAAACCCUAAUCCACCAUGGGUUCCGUCAACAACGCCUCCCUAUGCGUGGGCAAGACUCCCUGGUGGAAAGAAGCUGUCUUCUACCAAGUCUACCCAGCCAGCUUCAAAGACUCCAACAAUGACGGCUGGGGUGACAUUCCCGGCCUCAUCGCCAAAAUCGACUACCUCCACGACCUAGGCGUCGAUUGCGUGUGGCUGUCUCCCAUGUUCGAGUCUCCCCAAAAAGACAUGGGCUACGACAUCUCCGAUUACCAAGCCGUCUACUCCCGCUAUGGCACCCUCUCCGACGUCGACAACCUGAUCGCCGCCUGCCACGUCCGCGGCAUGAAGCUGAUUCUUGACCUGGUCGUCAACCACACUUCCGACCAACACCCGUGGUUCCAAGAAUCGCGCUCCUCCAAAACCAAUCCCAAGCGCGACUGGUACAUGUGGAAGCCGGCCCGCUACGACGCCAACGGGAACCGCAUACCGCCCACCAACUGGCGCAGCUACUUUGCCGGUCCCACCUGGACCUGGGACGAGCUGACCCAAGAGUACUACCUGCACCUGUACGACAACUCCCAACCCGACCUGAACUGGGAAAACGAGGAGUGUCGCAAGGCCAUCUACAACGAGGCCAUGCGUUUCUGGCUCGAUCGCGGUGUCGACGGCUUUCGUAUCGACACCGUCAACAAGUACUCCAAGCGCACUGACUUCCCGGAUGCGCCGGUCACCAUGCCGGGCGAGACGGACCAGCCCGCCGCGGAAAUGUGGUGCAACGGCCCGCGCAUUCACGAGUUCAUCCGCGAAAUGAACGAGCAGGUGCUGGCGCCGUACAAUGCCGUCUCGGUGGGCGAGCUGUCCAACACGCCGCUGCCGAGCCAGGUCCUGCCGUAUGUCUCUGCUGCGGCCAAGGAACUGGAUAUGGUGUUUGAGUUUAGCACCAUCCGCUUGGGCACGGGCGGGCCGUUUCAUGGCAAGUAUCUCUAUAGAGAGUUUCCGCUGUCGGAGCUGAAAGCGUAUGUGGCGACGUGGCAGCAGUGGCUGGAGGGUACGGAUGGGUGGCACACGGUGUUUUGCGAGAAUCAUGAUAACGGGCGGGCGGUGUCAAGGUUUGGAGAUGAUUCGACUGUGGAGUCGUGGGAGGCGAGCGCAAAGACUAUUGCCUUGUGGCAGGCGACGCUGACGGGGACGAUUUUCUUGUAUCAGGGGCAGGAGAUUGGUAUGGUCAAUAUGCCGAAGGAGUGGCGGAUUGAGCAGGAGUAUAAGGAUGUUGAGAGCUUGAACUUCUACAGAGAGGCCAAGGCGUUUGGGGAUGCAGAGAGGAUAAGGAAGACGGAGGAGGGUCUGAGGAUCCUGGCAAGAGAUCACUCGAGGAUACCGAUGCAGUGGGAUGCAUCACCCAAUGCGGGCUUCACUUCUGCUGGAGUGACGCCGUGGAUGAGAGUGCAUGAUGGGUUCAAAGAUCUGAAUGUGGAGAAGCAGGAGGGAGAUGAUGAGUCGAUCCUUGGGUUCUACAAGAAGAUCCUGAAGUUGAGGAAGGAAUACAGCGGGCUGUUCGUGCAUGGUGCGUUCAGACCUUCACUGCAAGAGGACGAGACACUGUUUGUUUACGUCAAGGACGAUCAAGGUUCGGAAGAGAGUGGUGUCCAGGCAGACAAGAGGAGGAAGGCGUUAGUCGUCAUGAAUUUCUCUGGGCAGCCAGCUAUUCUUCGGGAGCAUAAUCUCAACGUGGCAGCCACGCUGGGAUGCAAACAAGGGGAGGAGCGGCUGUUAGUGACUACUCUGAAGAAGAAGGAUACGCCUAGAAUGGAAGCUGGCGUUUUGGAGCCAUGGGAAAGCAGAAUGUAUCUGAACUUUUAG